CUUAGCUCUGGCUCCGGUUGGCCAUAAAAGAGCAAAACCAAUACAGCCGCCUACAAAACCGACGGCGAAUACAUUUUCCGAUCAAAAAUUGCGACUGGCCGUUGAUCGCCCUCCACCCCGACCUCUCACUUCGCCUAUCCCGGCGGUGAACCGAAAACAUUCGACGCGCAAACGUUCAGUAUCUACGGAGUCCGAUUAAUAAUGGGAGCCCUCCGUUUCACCCCUGCGAAACCGCCCAAGCUUCGCCGAUUUCCUGCCACCGCCAUACCUUCUACCGGCGCCGUGAGGUGCUCCGUCCGACAGCCGUUCAUUCGGGCGGAGGGCCUUGCGUCGGUCGGAAAAGCUCCUAGGGUUCUGCCGCUGACUGCACCGCCUUCUCCGGCAUCGGAGCCUCUGCUGAGAGUCUCCCCGAGCUCUAUCCAGUGCGAGAGCGGGUAUUUGUUGCCUAAUGAGAAUUUGGGUAGCAACGGUGCUGCCGAUGGUAGCCUGAAUGCGAUGGAGUAUUUGACGAAUAUUUUGGUGUCUAAGGUGUAUGACGUGGCGUACGAGUCGCCGUUGCAGCUAGCGGCGAAGCUUUCCGGGAGGUGUGGCGUCAAUAUCUGGCUUAAGAGGGAGGAUCUUCAGCCUGUCUUCUCAUUCAAGCUUCGAGGUGCGUACAAUAUGAUGGCUAAACUCCCGAAAGAACAGCUCGAAAGGGGAGUAAUUUGUUCAUCCGCUGGGAAUCACGCUCAAGGCGUGGCAUUAGCUGCCCAGAGAUUGGGUUGCAAUGCCGUGAUUGCUAUGCCUGUUACUACUCCAGAGAUCAAGUGGAGAUCGGUUGAGAGAUUAGGGGCCACGGUUGUACUAAUAGGGGACUCGUACGAUGAAGCCCAGGCCUACGCAAAAAAACGAGCUGCAGAUGAGGGCCGUACGUUCAUACCUCCUUUCGACCACCCUGAUGUAAUAACAGGCCAGGGAACAGUUGGGAUGGAGAUUGUUAAACAGAUGCAGGGCCCACUAGAAGCAAUUUUCGUGCCUGUUGGUGGAGGUGGACUUAUAGCCGGCGUUGCUGCUUAUGUGAAGAGGGUGGCUCCACAGGUAAAAAUUAUUGGGGUGGAGCCAUUUGAUGCGAAUGCAAUGGCACUGUCACUGCACCAUGACCAGCGAGUUGUGUUGGACCAAGUUGGAGGUUUUGCGGAUGGUGUGGCUGUAAAGGUGGUUGGAGAGGAGACUUUCCGCCUCUGCAGGGAGCUUGUGGAUGGCGUGGUUCUCGUAGGGCGUGAUGCCAUUUGUGCGUCGAUAAAGGACAUGUUCGAGGAGAAAAGGAGCAUUUUAGAGCCAGCUGGUGCUCUUGCCCUUGCUGGAGCUGAAGCUUACUGCAAGUACUAUGGACUCAAGGGUGUUAAUGUAAUAGCUGUGACAAGUGGAGCUAACAUGAACUUUGAUAGAUUGAGAUUAGUAACUGAACUUGCAGAUGUUGGUAGAAGGCGGGAAGCUGUGCUCGCCACCUACAUGCCUGAGGAGCCUGGAAGCUUUAAACAGUUUUGUGAGCUUGUGGGCCCUAUGAAUAUUACUGAAUUCAAUGUUGGCCUUCACACGGAUUUAGAACUCGAAGCAAUGGUCCGGAGAAUGAAAUCGGCUCAGCUACACACCAUUAAUCUUACAGAAAAUGACUUGGUAAAAGAUCAUUUGCGGCAUCUGAUGGGUGGAAGGUCUAAUGUUAAAGACGAGCUACUAUGCCGCUUCAUUUUCCCCGAGAGGCCCGGAGCAUUGAUGAAAUUCUUGGAUGCUUUAAGUCCACGUUGGAAUAUAAGCUUGUUCCAUUACCGUGGGCAGGAUCGAGCAAACAGUCUCGGGUAUGAGUAUGAGCUGGAAACGAGGAAUGAAGCCUUCCAGCUUUUAAUGAGGUGA